AGGCAAAGGAAUCGAGCAUAUGCAAAAUAAGAAAGGCCGUUUAAGAUUGCUAAAAUAACAUACGUUAUUAUUAUAUGCUGCAUCACAAUCCACAUGCAGGCGUAGCAACAUAGGUCACGUGUUGUGUGUGUUUUUAAACGUGGCUCAAAGCUCCUCUUGUAUCAACCAUAUCCAGUUCAUAGUUCGCAUUCAUUGAGGGUAUUGUGAGGAUUUCCUUGGGAAGCUUCUUUCCCCCCUACGUGGCCCCAGAUUACAUUUAGAGUUGCUGAAGCGCUUCCCUCCCUCACAUGCAGGAAAACACCGGAAGCAAGAGAAACGCGUUGAAGUUUAGUUUAUUCUUUUUUUUAAAUAACUAGCCUACAGCAGCUUUAUAGCAAUGCCCUUUCAAAUAAAACACUUACUGCGCCCGAAUCUCUGCGUUUCUAUCCCGCGCAAGAGGACACUCUGGAGGACUGUUUACGCAGCACAACAACGUGGCGUGGGACCAGCAGGAUCGCGUGCGUCUGCAGAUAUCAAGAAGUAUUUCGCCCGGCAUUGGUGCAGAAACUAUGCAUCCGACACCGCGUACAGCCGAGCCUUCGCCCAAGCGAGGGACAACCCCGAGACAUUCUGGGGUGAGGCGGGACAGGACGUAAACUGGUUUGAGCCGUGGAGUAAAACGUUGCACGUUGAGGAUCCAGUGUUUCCAAACUGGUUUGUUGGAGGGAAGUUGAACAUGUGCUACAACGCUGUGGAUCGUCACGUUGAAAGCGGCCGUGGAGAGCAGCCUGCCAUCAUUUAUGACAGCCCAGUGACUGGAAGCAAACAGAUCAUCACUUUCAGGGAACUUCAGGACCAGGUGUCCAGGUUAGCAGGUGUCUUGGUGAAGAAUGGGGUCCAGAAGGGGGACCUGGUGGUCAUCUACAUGCCCAUGGUGCCACAGGCCAUGUUCACCAUGUUGGCCUGUGCGCGGAUCGGUGCCCCUCACAGCCUCAUCUUUGGCGGCUUCGCUUCCAAAGAGCUUUCUGUCCGCAUCGAUCACGCCAAGCCCAAGCUGAUGGUUACAGCCUCCUUUGGCAUCGAGCCAGGCAGAAAAGUGGAGUACAUCCCUCUGGUGGAGAAAGCCUUGGAGCUGAGCUCUCACAGACCCUCUAAAGUCCUCGUCUACAACAGGCCUAACAUGGAAAAAGUAUCAAUGAGUCUGGAUUUGAGUCUGGACUGGGAUGAAGAGAUGGCCACAGCUCGUCCUCAUGACUGUGUUUCUGUUCCCUCCAACCACCCUCUCUACGUCCUCUAUACAUCCGGGACUACUGGAACACCAAAGGGUGUCGUGCGAGACACUGCCGGCUACGCUGUGAUGCUGAAAUGGACCAUGUCAAAUAUUUAUGGACUCAGUCCUGGAGAUGUUUGGUGGGCAGCGUCAGACCUGGGCUGGGUGGUCGGCCAUUCAUACAUCUGCUAUGGUCCUCUGCUCCAUGGUAACAGCACAAUUCUCUACGAGGGUAAGCCUGUGGGGACUCCAGACCCCGGGGCGUUCUUCCGCGUCCUAUCCGAACACGGAGCCUCCGCCAUGUUCACGGCACCCACCGCCAUCCGAGCCAUUCGCCAGCAGGACCCCCAUGCAGCAGUUGGGAAGAAACACCCCCUCUCCAGGUUGCGGUCGUUAUUUCUGGCAGGCGAGCGCUGUGAUGUGGAGACGCUGGAAUGGGCAAAAAGGAGCUUCGGGGUUCCUGUCCUGGAUCACUGGUGGCAGACUGAAACUGGCUCAGCCAUCACCUCCUCGUGUAUUGGUCUGGGGAACUCACUCACGCCACCUGCAGGUCAGGCUGGCAAACCCGUUCCAGGUUACAAUGUCACAGUGAUCGAUGAUGACAUGCAGGAGGUGAAGGCAAAAACCCUGGGAAAUAUUGUGGUGAGACUACCUUUACCACCUGGUACAGCAUUGUCGCUGUGGCAGAACCACGCUCUGUUUAAGGAGCUCUACUUCACUAAGUUCCCGGGUUAUUAUGACACCAUGGACGCAGGUUUUAUGGAUGAGGAGGGUUUCCUUUACAUCAUGUCCCGGUCUGAUGAUGUCAUCAACGUGGCAGGUCACAGGCUGUCAGCCGGAGCAUUGGAAGAGUCAGUGCUGCUGCACCCUGCAGUUGGAGACUGUGCUGUGGUGGCUCUGGAGGACGCGCUGAAGGGUGUUGUUCCCUUGGCCCUGUGUGUACUCAAGAAUGGUGUGCAGAAAAACGAAGAGGAGCUCAUAGAUGAGAUGGUGAAGCUUGUGAGAGACACCAUCGGACCAGUGGCUGCCUUUAGGAAAGUGCUUUUUGUCCAAGGAUUGCCGAAAACGCGCUCUGGCAAGAUCCCUCGCUCCGCUUUAGCUAACCUUGUCAACGGCAAGCCUUACAAGAUCACUCCAACCAUCGAGGACCCAGAAGUGUUCAAAGACAUUGAGAGGCAGGUAGAAAAAGCCCUGAGACCUCGUGGGGCCUGAACUUGCCUGUCGGAUGAUAAAGAAAGCUGAAGUUGGAUAGAUUUUGGCAAGACGUGUUGCAUGCAUGUUCAUGCAGUGUACUAGGUGUUGCAAAUGGGAACUCAAACUAGAGAUAAAAUGUGAUUUUUAUUCUUUCAAGCCAAGUUGAAGGUAGAUUGAUGUCAGUAAGUUUUACAAUCUUUGCCAAAUGAAAUUAUAAAUCUAUUUGCAUUUAAUCUGAAUAAUGUGAGACUCUACUGGACUUCAGGCUUUUAUUAUUAAUGAGCCAUGCCCAUUCCAGAUUACGAAUGAAGAAUAAUGAAGACAAUUUAUUAACCGACAGUAUUUUUUUUUAUUGACAAUGAAAAUUUGCUUGCUCACCACUUACUUUUGACCAAAGUACAAGUAAUAAAUAAAAAAAUGGGCACAAAAUAAAACAAUUCAUUAUUCGUGCAAAUUGAAGAUGUAAAAACAAAUUAAAAGCGUAAGACUUGUAUGAGUCGUCAAUCAGAAAUAACUAAAAGACAGAAAACAGGGCUGUACAGUAGGUUACCCUGGAAACUCUGACAGAAACAAAGAGUCAACAGUUACACCAAUGUAAGUCACAGCAAGCAACAGGUUUGUCAUUAAAUGUCACCUCACUUCAACAUGGUCAUAUACACUCUACGCACACGAUGAGCUAAAGCAGUCUGUCUUUCAGUUAUUUCCUCUAUUCUGUCUGAGGGGGAGGGGGAGAAGGCCAGCUUGGCUGAGUGUUUGUCCUUUUGUGUUGAUGUAUCACCUGACAAAACAUACAGUACAACAAUUGACAGGUUCUAUGAAUGUCAUCCUGCUUUUUUUUGUUCUCUGAGAGUAAUGUAAAUCUCUUGUUUUUCGCUACUAAAUAGUCCGUUGAGUUGAUGCGGUUGUAUCAAAGUGCUCGUCAUGUUGUUCCAGUGCGUUGACAUGUUCUCCUUUUAGGACAGCGAGUCCAUAAGAAAGGAUGAUGCAGUUUGUGGGGCUCAGAGUGGUUUUUGUGCUCCACUAGAGGGUGGGUUUUCACACAUCUAGUCUCUUCCUCUCUCUCCAUGGUGCAGCACAGAUUUAUCAUCAUCAGCACAAUGAAAAAAUAAAACCAUAUGUACAAAAUGAUCUAGCGAUGGUGGGGGAGUAUGGAGACAGUUUAGAGCAGCAUAUAUUAAUCUAUGGUCCACUAAAUGAGGUGGCAGGGAAGUUUUUUUGCACAAACUCUGAAUAUCUUUUUAUACAUAGAUCAGAUGUAUGUAUAUAUUAAAAAAUGGCAUAUUUAUUUACAGAUAACCUACACAUCUCCUGUAGAAGAAAUACACAGUACGUUAUGCUUCGACAAGUUACUGUACAUGUAAAAGGUAGAAAUGGUGACAACAGGGCAGCCUGCAGGACAGUUUAGCACCGGCAUCUGGUGCCCACAUUAUAGGGAGGAGGGAGGAGGGGGGGUCCGAGAGGAGAGCAGGGCUUCUUGGCAGUGCGUGUCAUCAGAAUGGUUUGUUCCUCGGCAGGUUGGCCUGUCCAGCAGCUCCACUAGUUCUUCAGAACUGUACCUGAAGGGAAGCAGAAUGAGUAGUUUUCAAUGAGGUACUGUGAGGUGGGUGUGGUGGGUGUAUGUUACAACCGUAGGAACUGUGAUCUUUAAAUACAUACCGUUUGAAAGUUUUAUUAACCAUAUAGAAAAAAAGUCGAGGCAGAAAUUAAGAAAGGUGCUGCAAUCAUUUGUGGUUGUGACAUCUCGCAGCAGUGGAAGAAAAAUGAAAGCGCAGAAAGCUCAAUUCUGUGCAGUCAUAGCAUAGCAUGUCGAGAAAAGGUCAUAAAAGUCGUGGUAUAAUAUUCCAUUAUCCAGUGUAAAACGGUCGUAAUUCAUACCUGUCAGUUAUGGCAUAACAUCUCUAUUUACUCCCCACUAGAGUAAACUAUAACUGUUCUACAGGAAGUAGUGAAGGAGUGUCCACCUGGGUGUUACAUGCUAAAUACAUCUGGUUCAGGGUUCUCUUCUUGCAUCAGGUUGUCACUAUUGUUAUUACUCUGUGUGUGAGAUACUGAACUUAUUCAGUUGAAGCAGAUUUCUAAAGCUCGGACCAAAUCUGACUCAUCGUUUUUGGACGGACAUUAAAGAGGCGACAUCAGUACGAUAUGGUGGCUCCCUGCCGUCUCCUACCAUCUUAGUCACAGCUUCCUGGCAAAAACACUGCACGGACUCGCCAAGCCAAAAAAAAAAAAAAAAAAGCAUCUGCUUUAAGCACUUCUGAAGAAAGCUGUGUAUUGAACGAUGUGUUGCGUUACAUACAGCGUACAGUUUAAGGUUCCCCUCUUCCUCCAAUCAGCAGGAGUAGGUUCUCACCGUGGAGCUGUCCAGCCGCUGCACUGCAGAGGGUCCGACUGUACGUGGAGACAGCGAAAGAGACAGACCGUUAAGUCGAAAUACUAAAAGCUCCUCAUCAAGACUGAGGAUGAAACAUUCCUCCACACCCUAAACAUGUGCCACAAGAUCAGACGUCCUCAACGGAUCACAAGCAAAACACUUCUCUCUCACAACAGAGGUUACUUGUAGUGUCACCCUCGGAAGAGGACAGCCAUGUAUCACGCACACUCAAAGGAAGUCUGGGUUUGAGUGUAUCGAGGACGUCACAGACCAGGGAGACAGAGGAACACAGGAGGACUGUUUCAGUGUCACUGGGAACACCUCGUUAGAGGAGAACACGGGCCACAAUCGGAGCAGCGGGAUGAUUUACAUUCAUGUAUCGCAAUGUGUGAAGACACAGUUGCUGAUACUCUCUGCAACCCUUCAAACAAUCAUGUCCAGUUCAUUACAACUUGGAUCUUUGAGCUUCACUCUCGACUUUCAUUGAGACUGUUGUUUCCAAAGGACCAGCUCAGUUCAACCUUCUCGUGAUUCCGAUCCCGACAUUCACAGUGUUCGUAAUCAUGAGAGUUUAAACGUGUUCAGCUCCAAGACAACUGAGCAAACUAAAUAUACUAACGCGGUCCAAAGCUCCACAACUAAUGAGCAAGUAGACCUUGAGUUGAUGUAGUUUUGUCAUAUUCUUAAAGUUUUGGCAAUCGUUCCAAUCUUACUCAUAACUUUGAACUAUGUCAAGUUAAUUGCGGACACCUGGGAAAUCUAAUAAGUAUGAAGGGACUAAAUGCAUACAGCAACAUUUUUGUCCAAUAUUUUGGAUACAUUUUACCUCCAAAUUAAAUAGUUUACAAACUGAUUGUGUUCCCAGACCUGGACGAUUACUUUGAGCACAUUAUCAUCAGAACAAAUUGAAACGAUGGCCAAAACUACAAAAGCAAGAACCAAGUAGUAAUAACCUGGAAUGAUCCUUUAAUGAAAAGCCCAUUCCAGCCUGUGUUCUCGUUUAACAGCAGAGGGAUGACACAAACUGUCAGUUUGAGUUAUUGAGACAUCGAGGACAUACUGUUCCCUAUGUAAACCUCCUGAUUCAGGCCAACUUACAUAGCGCCGCUCGCUCCAGACACCUUUUUGUUUUGCCGCUUAAUUACUGUAACUUCAAGGCUUACACCAGCAAGCAUGGGUCUUAAACCCAUAACUUGACGCCCUAGCUUUUACAACCAGGGGGACUAAACAAGGCUAUUAUGCAGCUUUACAAAACAACACCCUUGGAGUUGGAUAUCAGAGAUUCAAGAGUAAAAGAGAGAGAGAGGCGAGGGUGAGAGACCACAAAGAAAAGGAGAGGUGCAGCCGGACAGUGGUGAAGAGGAGGGAGUGUGUGGAGAAUAAUAAGACACGCAGGGCCAACAAGCCCAGAACCCUCAGGUGGGACAUAGCUGACCUUGAAACCAAUCCAAAUACAUGUCGUCAGGACUGUCGUCCAGCGCCUCAUAGAGGACUGCAGAGCAGCCGUCACAGAGUCGGAGAGAACAAGAGACAUGGUCACAACACAGCAGGGAGCAGCAACUCCUGCGCUCAGGUGUGCUGCUUUCAUCUACCAGUGCAACCUUUGCUCUGCAGCUGCCUUUGAAAAAAUAUCCGCCUUAAACACAUUUCAUGCACUAAACAAAGUAACACCAAGACCAACAAGUAUUACUGAACAAACAAUCUACCGGUGAUGAUGAUUGACGGUGCAGAGACGGGGACUUACCUUCAGGUGGCAAUCUUCUGGAGUGACCAGACGUGGUGGUGAGACGGAAUCCAGCAGGGAGCGUCUCCGCCGAUCCGGGCAUCAUACUUAUACCGUGAACGUCUCGAGGCGGGAACUGCCUCCUCCACGACGGGCCCCGGAAGUCUUUGUCGUCACACUGAUGGAAAGACAAACAUCAUUCAUGCGUUUUAGGCUCAAACUUGAAUAUACAUUCAGUACUAAAAGCUAAUUGUCUAAAAAAAUACAAAAUAAUCACAUAUCUGGCUUUGAUUGUGCCGACUUGUUGACGAUUGCGUCUAUUUUCUAAUCAUGAAGAGAUGCAUCGUAAAUCACAUAAUCUCUCAGUCUGGGACAGUUAAAUACAUAAUGUAUGCUUUGGCAGCGUCAUUUAACUGUCUGAUUUACAGACAAAUAGAAACCAUAAUUAAAGAUCUUUGAAAAUUAUCUACCACUAGACAAUGCGAGCUAAUUAAUUAUAUUGAACAAUCUUGAAUAUGAAUAGGGUUGGUAAGAGUGUAAUAUUGUUGCUUGGGGUCUGAAAUGACCGAUAAGCUUUGUUUGUGGUGACAUUAAUAUGGUGACAUUCAUGGAUAAUAGCUGAGCUCACCUCAUCCAGUCUCCUGUCGGUGCCCAGCGCCAGCAUGUUAUUGUACUCUCGCUCCAGAAUCUGACGUGCCUGAAGGACAGAAAAACAAAACAUCAUGAUUUCCACAAAGCCGGCUAUUUUUAGCAGAAUGGCAGCUGACGCGUUACGUCAUUUGCGCUGCAUAUCCAUUUUUACCUUUAUAGAUGAGAUAAGCAGUGAACAUUCACAGGGCAGCCUGCCAGAGUGACAGUUGGCAAAUCUGCAUGUUCUGAUUUAGGUUGGACCAGCUCUCUGAAGGCUGACACCAACAUGCCUCUACGUUUGGACCGACGCUGGUAACGGAUGAGAUUUAUUUCCAUAUUCAGCUCCUUUAAAUUUGGCUCAACUCUGCCAUAUAAAAAUAUGAAUG